AAACUUCAACAGACACCCGCCUUCAAGUGAGUUAACGUUUUGAUUGAUUAGGUCCAGACUCUCUGUACAAAUGAAAUGAAAUUAAGUGAAGUACGAGAGUCUGGUAGAACCAGGCUAGCAGUUGUUAACCCUUUAGACAGAAACUCAACGGUGGAGCAUUUUCAAUCUGGUGGGUGGUUUCACUUUUUUGCGUUUUUAUGCCCCGAAAGCGCCGUCGCCGUCUAAACGAAAAGGCACAUCUGCUAAAAUAUUUUCUUAGACAAUAUAAGUAUAACCUUGUUUGCUCUUUCUUUGUGGGUUUAUCUCACAAAGGACUAGCAAUUAUUAUUUGCUAGUCUAUCCGUCCCUAGGGCACUCAUCAGUUUGGCGAACAGGCCUUGGUGUUUGCAUUAAGUCCCGUUUCUUCCCCUGCAGUCUGGAACAUCUUGCAGACACAUCCGAAGCUUGAGGACCUGAUCCCUAUUCAUUUAUUCACACAUGUUGUAAAGGAUUCGUAGGCAUAUCAAAAUGGAAUUUGUGCUUGCUUCACCAUCAAGACCUUUCUCCAGCUUGUUAAACAUAUGAUUCUGAGACCUUCUAUAAAAUGUGUUAAACUUCUGUAAAAGUCAUUCUGAAUAUGGCCAACAUCAAGCUAAAGACCAAUCAAUAUAAAUCAGUGCCACUAGCAUGUAGCGUAGCAGAACUGCACCUCUGUAUAUGGGCAGUCACUCAUCUGGUCCAUAAUGGUCCGAUGCUCUCUUCAGUAGAGCUUUCUAGAGCAGAAUAGCCGAGUGCAGGACACCAGUUUAUUCUGGGGGAAUUUACAGAGCUUUUUCUAGCAGAAGGUGUGACCUUGGACAAUGGGCCAAAUCGAUUGUGAAAAUAUGCAUCUGUGUCUAUGAUGCCCAGCCCACGCCAUACACCAGUACCAUCGCCACGUCCUGGCCAAAGGCUGAUAACAACCAAGCGGAGGGUAACCCAGCCCCCCUCCUGUACUGAGAGUAAUCCUGAAUAGUACUGAGACAAAAAAGGGUUCAGCCGUAGACACAUUCACAUAAUCUGCUGUACCCAAGGUUGCCUACGUGAAAACAUGGCGCCUUUUGCAUCCAUUAAGAGAGUAACCAAAGGGCAAACCGUUUCAGGGCCGGAUACUGCGAUACCAUAGACACGCCCAGGUAAGUACACAGAACACCACUAGAUAUGUCAGACAAAAAAAAAAAAAAGAUUCCUUGAUGGAAAAGGUGUCUAUUAAUUGCUGGUGUGUACUUGUGUAACUUUUACCCUUUAAAUGAGGGGUAUUUGAUGUCUUCGGCCAUUGCAGAUUCACAUAAACUUUUUUCUUCACUAAUCUUAGUGGUUUUCGUUUCGGCUCUUGGUUCGAUCACGUGAAGAGCUGGCUGGCUGCUAGAGAACAACAGCACAUCAUGUACAUCUCCUAUGAAGAGAUGAUCCUGGGGAUUAUCACGCUUCCUGGUUCCGGUGGCGGGAUUUGUCUUCGUUGUGCAUGAAAACUUCCGGCGCACUUCCACCAUGGCUGAAACAAAGGCUAGAUGUCACUGCUCUGUUCCACUUUGUACAUCUAACAAACAACACCAACCCUACUUAAGUUUUCAUGGAUUCCCGACUGAAAUGAGUCUAAGGAAGAAGUGGAUUCAAGCGGUUCGCCGGGAUGAAGGGCCAAACUUUAAAAUAAAACAAGGUAGCACGUUUGUUUGUAGCCGGCACUAGUGAAUCAGACUACAAACGCUACAGCUAGCAACCAACCGGGGUCACACCAAGCGACUGAAAAUCGGGUCUGUACCCUCCCGUUUCCAGUGGAACAACUGGGGACUGCCAAGAAGGGGGUCUUUUUAUAAAAGAGCAUCAACUCGCUUAGGCCAAGACGUUCACCCAUCCCUUCCUCUGGAGCAACCGCUGCCCUGUGAAUAAGAGCCGAUGGAGGAGAUCGCAGCUUCGGUGGUGAUGACAGAACAUGAUUUCGGUUCUGCUCCUAAACCAGGUUUGUCAGUGUUUGUUAGUGUUCUGAAAUAUUGGCCUACUAUUACCCCAUACUGUUCUUAAACCCACUUGGUUAUACCGUGGGCCAACUACCGUUACCUGCUCCUUGGCUCCCUCCCCUGCUCCUUGGCUCCCUCCCCAUCUGGAUGAGUAAACAGCAAGUCAAGAACACCAUGCCAAGCAAAUUUGUGCAGUACAGUCCAGAUGUUCGGGUAAUCAUCGACUGCACCGAGGUGACGUCGAUGAUUACCCGAACAUCAUCUUACAAGAACACAACAACCUUUAAGGCCUUGAUUGGGAUUGCCCCUUGUAGUGCUGUGACUUUUGUGUCAAGUCUCUUCACCGGCUCCAUCUCCGACCCAGAGCUGACUGAACGAAGUGGACUGCUGGAUUUACUGGAGCCAGGAGACGGCUGCAUGGCAGACAAGGGUUUCACCAUCGAGAAGCCACUAGCUGAUCGUGGGGCAACGCUGAUUAUACCACCCUUCAAGAUGACAGGUUGCAGCUAUGGCAGAAGAGGAGCUGUAUAUCGUGUACAAGGGUGUGUAUUUGGUCAAACUGACCCAUACCCCAGAGAGCCUGAAAUACUACGAGGAGUUCUCUUUCCGUCCAGAUGACAUUCUGAUUGUUACUUAUCCCAAGUCAGGGACAACAUGGAUGCAGGAGAUAGUACCUCUGAUCCUGAGCCAGGGAGACCCAGUAGUGGUGGACACUGUGCCCAGCUGGGACCGGGUCCCCUGGUUGCACACUAACAGGGCCCGUCACCUUAACCUGGACCAGAGACCGUCCCCACGCGUCUUCAUUACUCACUUCCAGUACAACAUGAUGUCAACAGGCUUCCUCAAGGUCCAACCCAGGGUACGCUUUGCAGCUUGGAGCCAUACAGAUUCAUUAUGGAAAGAGCAAGGGGUAAUUUAUGUGAUGAGGAACCCGAGAGAUGUAUUCACUUCCUACUUUCACUUUAGUAGGAUGGCCUCCUUCUUGGUUAGUCCAGGGACACAGACUGAAUUUCUCAACAUAUUUCUUGAUGGAAAAGUGAUUUUUGGCUCUUGGUUCGAUCACGUGAAGGGCUGGCUGUCUGCCACAGAACAGCACAUCAUGUACAUCUCCUAUGAAGAGAUGAUCCUGGACCUGGAGGCCUCUGUGACACGGAUGGCUCAGUUCUUGGACACACCUCUGGAUUCUGAGAUGAUAAGGAAGAUUACCGAUCGAUGUGUGUUUAAGAAUAUGAAAAAGAACAAAAUGUCAAACUACUCCCUGGUCCCCAAUACAAUUAUGGACCAGAAUGUAUCAGAGUUCCUUAGGAAAGGUAUUGCUGGAGACUGGAAGGAUCAUCUAACUGUAGCAGAGGCGGAACACUUUGAUGCAUUUUACCAAAAGAAAAUGCAGGAUGUAAAAUACAAUUUUUUUUGGGAUUAGAAAAUAUAAUUAUUGUGUUUUCUAUCAUGGCCUGGGGCAAAGUAGCCAACCAAUUGUUAAAGUGCUGUUACUAAUGGCCAUGAUUCAUCAUGAUUUAAAACCACAAUCAGAGUCUAAAAUUUAUAUUUCUAAUGUUAUUUUGUCUCGUUAACUUAGUAUGAGCAGGUGUAACGUAACAUGUGUAACAAAGCAGCUUAAUAACGAUAAGGGAUAAAUUCAGUUUUUUCUCUCUAAGAAAUGUGUUAAUUUGCUGAGACUAGCUCAGAGAAGAUUUGAAUGACUUGCCUUCAUGAAUACAGACUGGGAUUUCAUUCAAAUCCCUUCAAAUUCGUGAAAUAAAUUAUAUCUCACCUAUA